AAGCAAAAUUCCAAUUUUAGUGCCUCAUAUCUCCGAUCUCUCUUUUUUGGUCGUCGAAGGGUUCUCGUGUGUAUUUGUCUGCGAUGUCUGCGUUCGAAUGGCAGCCGCAGUCGCGUUCGAUGUGCUUGCGGGGUAGAGUCGAAAAUUGAAAUACGUGCUACAGAAGGUGCAAAGAACCUCUUAUUCUAAAGUGCAAAAUCUCGUGCAUCGCGGAGCAGCGACCUCUAGGUCGCCGUAAACGUCAAGUGAAGUUGAGCUAGCAAAAGUUUUCAAGCAGCCACUAGAGAUGUGAAAGUUAAAAAAAGACACUGCUGGGUGAACAGUUUCCCUAAUUUGACAGAUAGCCGGUUCGUGAAAAGGGUGCCAUAUCGUCUUCCACUUCGAAUCAGUUUCUCCGAGAGAGCGAGAAAAAACAACACUUCACCGUUAUAAAAUGAUAAACUUUCAGAUACAAGCGGCAAAGUUGGUGCAGUGAAUAUUAAACAAAAACAAAACCUCAUUGACAUUCUGCUGUGAGUGACACGGUGUACGGAAAGCUGCUAAAGUUUCAAACCCACAGACCAGCAGCAGCGAACAACGGUUUUUUGGUAGAAGUUCCAAAACAAAAAUCCAGCAAAAACUACGAACUGAUCUUUCUGGUGUCAAGUGCAAUGCUUGGACGAUAGAGCACAAGUGAGUUUGACAAGUGACAAGCGAAAUUUCUGCGCAAAGUAAAAGCAAAUACAAUAUCAAAAUCGAAUGGCACUCGUGACAGAUGUGCAAUUGGAAAUGAUGUUAAUCUAAUCGGAUUCCGCAACAACUUUCGUCGAGAGUGCUUUCAAAGUUGUUAAACAGAUAUAAUCAUCGGAUGAUCCUCAGAUAAUACGUGUGCAGCAAUAUAUAAAUACCAACUAGAAGAUAAGUCUUCUAAUCAACUCAUAAAAAUGACUUCCGUAAAAGAUACGGCGUCUUUCUUCGUAAACGGCAGCUCGAAUCAGUUUGACUUUGUUCUAGCUCUGUACCCGCAAGUCCUCAAACUAAAAGCACAGAACAAAUGUAAGAAACCAGAAGAACUCAUCCGGUUAGACGACUGGUACCAAAACAAGCUUCCACAGUUGAUUAAAAAGCGCGGUAAAGAGCGCUUCUUGGUGCACGAGGAACUAGUCCAAACGAUGAAAUGGAAGCAAACGCGUGGCAAAUUCUUUCCACAGCUGUCUUAUCUGAUCAAAGUCAACACUCCACGAGCCGUACAAGCGGAAACCAAGAAAGCAUUUAAGAAACUGCCUAAUCUCGAGCAAGCAAUCACUGCACUGUCAAAUCUUAAAGGUGUCGGCACGACAAUGGCGUCGGCUCUGCUAGCCGCUGCCGCACCCGAAACUGCCCCCUUCAUGGCCGACGAAUGCUUAAUGGCCAUCCCGGAAAUCGAAGGCAUUGACUACACUACCCGCGAGUACAUGAACUUCGUGCAGCACAUCCAAUCCACGACGGAUCGGCUGAACGAGGAAGUGCACGGCCCGGUCAGUAGUUCCAAGGAUUCCGACGGCAGCAACGACGAAGACAGCGCCGAUGAGCCCAAAAUCCAAAAGAAAUGGUCCCCGCACAAUGUCGAGCUUGCUCUCUGGACGCACUACGUUGCACGGGAGCUACAACCGGAGUUACUGGACGACAUGCCCGUAGCUACGCAGGGUAGUAAAAACAGCUACUCCCGAAACCCGGCCACUGCCGUCGCACCGAAGACAGCCACCCCCACGAAUGGUGCCUCGUUACCGUCGUCCGGAAACAACACCAACAUCGAGGAACCGUCCGACGAGAGCAACCUGGACACCGAGCUCGGCAAAGCCACCUCGGACGAGUCCUCCAAAGACAACAACAAAUUCACGGACAGCUUGGACGAUUGCACCAAGUCCGAGGACAGCUUGGAAAAGCCCAGCACCACGGUAACCACCAGCAUCCGGAACAACAACAGCGAAGAGGUGAACGACAGUGACUCGCAAAGUAGUUCCAAACGGUCAUCGACGGGGGACGAGGAGGAUGAGGACGACGACGAAGAUGACGGCGAAGAUGGAGAAAGCUCGGGCGAUGGAGUUUCCACUGCCAAGAAGGCGAAGUUCGAGUAGGGUGAGGGAGCUGGUGUCGGGACAGGAAAACUUUUCUAAUUACAAUUAAGAGACAGAAGACGGCGGAGAAUGGAUGAAAACGACGAAGGUGAGCGCGACCGGAGGAAGAAUCACAAAUCAAAAUCAGUUAACAUAAUUAACGUCGUCGCGGUCAGUGUGCAGCACUUCCGAAAGGCUUCCCGGUAGCGGCGGAUCUUCGUUCAAGGUAAGUCCAGGGCUCCAGCAGGGAGGUGAGGAUGCGGGAAAUUCCUACAGCAGGAAACGCUGACACCGGAAAAGAACUAUGUACAAAUUAUGUUUAACUGAUUGUAAGUGGAAAAUCACGUAUAAUCCCAAUGAGCGAGAAGCAAUAUGGUGACGGGCGAGGUAAGCAAGGUACAUAGGCAGACGUUAUGGCUGAUUGGCUGAUACAUUCGUAGCAGGAGCAACCUGAUUAAAAGGAAACGUGGAUGGAGGGAAACUUUAAUUGAGAUAAAUGACCUGAUGCGAACCAUGGGCAUUUUAGUAGAUUCGACAGAUGAGGCAUGAUGCAAACGUGGAAAAGCAAGGAAAGCGUAGCACAUAAGAACAGAAGGAAGUUUUAUCAUUAGGAUUUAAUUGAUUGGUCAUUUUUCUGGAAGUUAGUGCAGGAACGGACUAUUGCAGACUGGUAUGUAUUGGUGGCAGUGAUGGUUUCAUGUUUUUUUCCACGUGUAUUCUUCAACUUUAUUAGAUCUCCAUCACAUGUAUUUGGUAAAUGAAGAAGGUGUUCAACUUUUGUAAUUUGAUAUAUGCGAAAAGUUUCUGAUCUAAAUGCCAAUAGCAUAUGAGAUGCAAACUGGUUUCGAUAUCAUGCAGGAAUGGUGGUAUCGUCUCUAUCAUGAAGAAAGAGUAUUCGAAAGAUUUAAGAGAUUAACCUUCGGAUCACGACUAAUCAGAGUAUUGUAACCAAUAAUACUGAUUAUAAGUUUAAAGACAGGGAUUAAAUUCGAAUAGAAAUGUAAAAAUCUACCAAUCAUUAUUUCUGUAUAUGUAAAGGGGGGGUUGAUGCAUUUGAACUUGUUUCACACAGUUUUGCGAAAGAUGUGGUAUGUCGACGCCUUCCAUCAUAAUAUAUCCCUGGCAGGGGCUAAUCUGAUUCUGUUUUUUGCACAAUUGUAUCAGGUUGCGAUAAACUUGGCUUGUAAUGAUUGAAGAAAUUUUGCAAGGUUUUUAUGAACCAGUUGCAAGCUCAUUCGUCGUAACAAAAUCUCGGAAGCCUUUAAAAGCCUACUGCGACUGCCACAAUCUCCAUCUAUCUGCCUUGAACAAUCCUGUACACAACGCGCCCAUGUGAAAGCCUUCUGUUCCAAACCGUUCUUUUUUUACACACCUCACCACAGCAGCGCUUGCGAGGGCACAUUCCAACUCUUGACAGCGAUCUUCGUUUUUCGUUCAAAUGGAACACAAAAAUAAACCACUGUGUAGAAACCUAUCCGUACAUUUUUAAAUAUAGUCAAAAUCAAGCAACAAAAAAUCUAAAAAUAAAUAAACUAAAUGUUUUGGAUCUAAUUCAAAAUUGUCCGAGUCUAACCAACUCCUGUUUCAGUUUCAUGAAAGUUAUUUGACAGUAAAGGAGAUUCUCGUAAUAGAAUGUUAUUAUUUAUUUGUAAUAUUAUUAUUAUCACUGUAUUGUAAUCGAUGCAAAAGUUCUUAAUUAUCACUCACAGUCUUAUCAAGAAAGAGAGAUGGAAAAUAAAGAGAGGGACUGCAGGAGAAAAUUCAUAAACAUUUAUCUACUAUCAGAACAGACUACCAGAAUUUAGGAACAGCAAGUAGCGACGAAAAAAAUAUUCUAGUAUUAGUUGUCGUUUUAGUUUUUCCCGUACAUGUUUAUAAAAGCAAAGGUAAUUAUUAAGGAAAACUAUACGAAACACAUGUUACAAAACAGAAGAAACAUAAAAAUGACAGUUACUGACUAACACCAUCCCAAAAAAUAAAACAAACAUAUACAAGCCAAGAUUGAAAAUCAUAGCUGAGUAGUAAAUCUGAUUGGGCAGAACAAGGAGCCGUGCAGCAGCAACAGUUAUUAGAGAACAAACUUUUACAAACACAGCUAUAAAUGAUGCAAAAACAAUAGUAGUAUCCCUAGUAGGGAUUAGUGAUCAAACCGAUACACAUAGAACAAAAAUAAAUCAGAAAUCAACAAUUAAAACAAUAUUGAAAGCAAGCGACAGCAAACCAAGCAGAAGAAAAAAAAGCAGAAACCACUAAUAGCCUUUAAUGAGAAAACAAAUAAUGAAGUACUUUAAUGAAUGUAAAGAGUAAGUAGCAACACAAUAUACUGGAAAUAAAUGAGACAAGAACCACUCCCAUACCCAAAACACACGCAUAGCACUCGUACACUCCUAUCCAUUACCAUUUCGAGGAAAGUAGCAUCUAAAACCCAACUGCAUACGGCAUCUAACAUAGGAUGGGAUGAAACUGAGAGAAGAUACAUCUUUACAGAUAGUGAAACUAAAUAAAUAAGCGAUUAUGAUACAA